ACACCCAACACCGCUCCACCAUGUACAAGCUCCUGAUCCUGUCCGCGCUGGUGGCCGCCGCGUCCGCCGGCUACCUGGGAGGCUACGCCGCCCCCGCCUACGCCGCCCCCGUCGCCGCCUACGCCGCCCCCGUCGCCGCCGUGGCGCACGCCCCCGUGGCUGUGGCCCACGCCGCCCCCGCUGUGGCCGUCGCGCACGCCCCGGUCGCCUCCUCCGUGGCCAACACGUACAGGAUCUCGCAGACUGCCCGCCUCGCCUACGCAGCCCCUGCCGUGGCUCACGCCCCGGUGGCCUACGCCGCCCCCGCUGUAGCUCACGCUCCCGUCGCCUACGCCGCCCCCGCUGUAGCUCACGCUCCCGUCGCCUACGCCGCCCCUGCCUACGGCUACGCCCGCUACGCUGCCGCCGCCCCCGCUCUGGGCUACGGCUACGGAGCCUACGGCUACGCCGCCCCUGCUCUUGGCUACGGCCAUGCUCUCGUCCAUUAGGGCCCACACCAACUACAGUGUAUCCCAUUUGUAACAUAAAACCAAAUAAAAAAUA